AUGUCUGGUAAAUCCACGUCUGGGUUUUAUGCGGUUCGCGUUGGUCGCUUACCAGGAGUUUAUGAAUCCUGGGAAGAAUGUGAGAAACAUAUCAAGAAUUAUCCUAAUGCGAAAUUCAAAAAAUUUACCACACUCCAAGAGGCUGAAGCUUUUAUGAAAGAAGGAAAUGUUAAAAAAGAGGCGUACUUGCGAAAAACAUCUAGACAAAAAAUACAAAAAGAAAGUCUUUCUAUUCCAUCAACUGUACGUUCGCAAAUAUCUAACGUUGGCAACAGAAAGUCUCUCAGAGUUUGGACUGACGGAAGUGCACGUUCUAACGGAAAGGAUGGGGCAAGGGCUGGUGUGGGAGUUUAUUGGGGUGAAAAUGAUACUCGUAAUGUCAGCGAGCGUUUACCGGGCCCUAGACAAACUAAUAAUCGAGCCGAAAUUAUGGCAGUAAUACGUGCUUUAGAAACUUGUCCGGACAAUAAUGUACCAUUGGAAAUAAGAACCGACAGCAAAUAUACAAUCAAUGCGUAUACUUCCUGGAUACCUAGAUGGGAAAAGAAUAAAUGGAAGAGCUCAAAGAAUAAAGAUGUUGAGAAUCAAGGACUUUUUCAACGAUUAAUAAAAUUAACGAGAGCACGUAAUGCAGAUGUAACGAUUACAUAUGUCCCAGGGCAUGCUGGCGUUUAUGAAAAUGAAGAAGCCGAUCGAUUAGCAAACUUGGGAGCUAUGAUGGAUGCUGUAGAUGACCAUUAUGAUUACGGAGAAGGUAACAAGGAAAAGUUAAAAGUAUCUGCUGAAGAUGAUGUAGAUGAGAUACUUUUAAAUGAGUUUGAUUACAAAAAUGUACCAGGUUUUAGUCACCCUUUAACGAAAGAUGACUUUUUUUCUCCUGAGGAAAAAAUCGAAAUGGAGAAUGAAACAGGAUUGAAAUUUGUAUAG